UUCACCACCUUUCCUCUGCUGUCUGUGCUGUGUAAGAUGUCUCUGGCAGGGUUUCUGAAGAUGCUUGGUCUUGGUGCAGUGGCUAUCACAUUAGGCCUGGAAGGGUUGGACUGGUUGCUGGCUCGGCAUCUCUGGCCCAGAAGACGUUACCAUCAGCCCCUGAAAGAGGUUCUCUUCUUUCCUUCACCGCCGAUGUGUGUGGAGCACUUGUACAAUCCAGUCAGGGCUCAUCGAUGUCCGUGUCCCCUCCCUCAUGGCCUGGAUACACCCUUCUCCAGACUCCUGGAGCACCUUCUGUCAGCGUGUGUGUCUCUGGACCUUUGUCUGUUCUCCUUCUCCAACACUGAUCUGAGUCGGGCCGUGCUGCUGUUACACAGCCGGGGUGUGCAGGUGCGAGUGCUCACAGAUCGAGACUACGUGGAUAUCUGCGGCUCUCAGAUUGGCGUCCUCCGCAAGGCAGGUAUCUGUGUGAGGCACGGGUUGGGAAUCAGCAUGCACAUGCAUCAUAAAUUUGCGCUGUUGGACGGCAGAAAGCUCAUCACCGGCUCCCUCAACUGGACCAUGGCAGCGGUGCAAAGCAACAAUGAGAAUGUGAUCGUGACCGAGGAGCCGGAGUUCGUUCGACCCUAUGAGGACGAGUUCAACAAGCUGUGGGAGGCCAACGACCCUGCCAAACACCCACCACAAACACACAGCAGGAAUAGCACGAAGGGAGUGCUGGCUUCCACCAGAGAGGAGUAG